UGUCGUCUGCCCCCUAGUGUUUUUUUAUCAUGUUUGGAUGGGGCUCGACUCUUGGUAAGUGAUGUAUUGCUUUUGGUUAUACACUAUGUGGUUGUCUGUUCUCUCCUGUGUGUGUGUGUUACUUGUUUCUUUUUUUGCUGUAUCUGGCACAGUCUCGUUUCGGUUUCAUAGUGUUGGGCAAUGCCAUUGACAGCAGGCCAUCGCUAUCUUGCGAUUCUUGUUCCCUUGACCUUGCACCUUGAAGAGCGAGCGACAAUCGGUGGCCAUUGGUUUCCCGGCGUCAAGCAAAGCUCCGUCUUCUGCCACUCCACCACUUUAGGACGAACUCAUGUACUUGGACACACUUGAAGGCUGAAUCGAGAAGCCAAGGAGGUAUGGCUGACAGUGGUCUAAUAGGCAUAUCUGCCAUCGGCGCCGACCCUGACAAGGAACGCCAGCCCCCCGCGGAACCGACUCCUCUCGACUUCCCGACGCCGCGCUUGCCUGCCACGGUGGAAGAUGAGUCCCAGACCAAACUACACGAGCUUUACGAACACCUUGUCUCCAUCAAGAGACCGCAGGAUAUAACCGUGGAGAAAUUCCAGGGCCUGAAUCUCCAAGUGGAGACCGACGUUCCGCCCACCAGUCUGGUUCCCGAGGAGUACUUUAAGACUCUGCCACCACUGCCGUGGCAGGUGGAAACCCCACAGGAUGGCCGGUCACCCGACGAGAACCGGCCUCUCAUGUGCAAUGGGUCACCGUACCCACCCAAGGACCGGUUCGAUCUGGUCUGUACCGAGUUGUUGUACGAUGAAGACGACGCCUACCGCGAGACUGCCCGGCUGCCUCCUCGCCAUGACCGGCCCCGCGUGCGGCUGACGCAGUCGCGGAAAUUCUGGACCGGCCUGGAACGCAUGGCGCAGUACUGGGAUGCCAGUCUAGACCGAUACUUUGAACGCCCCGCCACACCCCCGCCGGGCCCGGAAGAGGCCGACAAGAUGCAGACCGACGAGGAUGGAGGAAGAGACGCGGAAGGCGCAGAAGUGAAUACCCCUAUGGAUGUGGACCCCACCACGGCGACCUCGUUGCCAACCGACUUGCCAACCAGGGCUUCUUUUGUGGUGACCGGCGAAAAGAAAGACGACCCGCCAUGUAUGGUCAAGAUGUAUACAGGUCGCCGCGUGGGCACUGGACGCGAGAUGCCCGAAGACAUCCGCGAAGAGACCAUCCGGGGCUUCCUCGAAAUGGCGGCGUGGCCGUUUGGAGGCCAGGUGAGCGUGCCGACGAUGCCGCCGCGCCUGCAGGUCAAGUCGUUGCUGUUCCCCGUGCGGCAGUCGUUUAUCGUCGGGCGAGCGCCACGGGACCGCCAGCUGGCGCGCAGCGGGGUGUUGGAAGGCCCCGUUCUGAUGGCCCAGUGUCGGCCCGAGACCUCGUUCCGCGGGGCCGAGGACGCUCCCGGGGCCGGGCUGGCCGAGAUGUGCGACAUCUUCCGCGAGGUGGGCGGGAUGUUACUACUGGCACAGGAGCGGGCACGCUACGGAACCGUCGAGGUGAAGCCUGGCGAGGGCAAGUGGUGGACCACCCGGCCCCGGUGGGGAGGCGCGCCCAAUAAUGAUGUAGUCGAAGGUGUACAGAACUCGGACGAGAAGCCUGUCCGUGUGUCUUCCUCGUCAUCAUCGUCAUCGUCAUCUUCCUCUUCCUCUUCCUCAUCCUCAUCUUCAUCCUCAUACUCUUCCUCCUCGUCAUCACGCAAACGGUCCAAGUUUGAGCAUCCGAUGCUGUCACGGCGUUCCCGACCGGAGCGCAAGCUAUCCAACAGCGAGAAGUGGAAACUGCUGCAGGCGGGACCUAGCCUGUGGGACAAACGGAUGCGCUACGAGACUAUUGGCAAGGUGGCGGAGAGUCCAUUUGACGACAUUUAUAUGGUGUCGUCCAUCAACCACCAUGUCGCACUGUUACACCUGCGCGUGCACCGGCGGUACCUGGAGCAGCUGACGACGGGGGCGAGGCCUACUGGGGAGUCGGGCGAGGCGUGGCACGUUCUCCGCCUGCAGCGGACGCGGUGGUUUGACCUGUUCAACGCGGCGGAUCGCAUCGAGGCGUUCAAGGGGUUGUGGCGGAUCUUGCACUUUCUUAAGUCGUUUGAUCCUUCGGAGAUGCUCGGGCUGGAACGGGCGACUACAUAUACAAUAUCUGAGGUAUCAAUUGCAUACGAGCGAAUCUGACUGGUCCAAAGUUAAUACUAGGUACUCAUACAGAGAUGGUAGAAGAAUGUACCUAUUCUACUAUUCUACUAUUCUA